UUUUGUAAAAACUGUUGUUGAAAUAUGGCGUUCUCGUAAUAUUUUGGUUCUUAAAUGUUAAAUCGUAAUAUUUCGUUCGCUACAGCGCUUUUAGCCAUAAUUAUGGAGACGGGAAUAAAUAUUGAUUUAAAUAAUCUUGAAGACGUCAAAUUUGAAAGCAGCAAAUACGUAUUGACAAGUCCUCGGUCAUUAGAAGCUUGUUCAAGAUUAUAUGUUAAGCCAGUUGAGCUGCUGUAUAAACCGUUAGCUGAAUUCCAAGAAGAAUUGCUACCACAAGAUGUUCCAUUGAGCACAAUUUAUGAUUUGUAUGAUGAGAGAGAACAUAUAAGACAAAAGAAAUUACAGUUGUGCAGAGAAGAAAGAAGUAGGUUAAUUAGGGAAGGGACUCAACUUAAGGGAAUUAAAGUUGAAAGUAAUACACAGUCAGAUGCUGCUCGUCAUGGAAGAUUGAUGCAAAAGUCAAGUCAGAAAGAGGCGAAAAGAGUCAUUUCAAAAGAAAAUUCAACUUCAAGGUUACAAACACAAGAUAAAGAAAGUGCUAAACUUCACAGAGAACUAGUUUCAAAAAAAGAAUCUCGAUGUUCAAAACUGACAAAUUUUUCAAGCAAGCGACCACAGUCAGCAGAAAGAAAAACUCAGAGAUGCAGUCCUUCAGUGACAUUAGGUACUAAAGUAGUAUACAGAAGUGGAUCAGCUCCGAGUAGUGUCAAAUUGCCUGCACGGGAUGAGAAAAUUUUAAAAUUGAUGAAAGACAGAAGAGAAAAAGAACAAGAGAAUUUAUCUAGAAUCAAUCAAACUCAUCAAAUCUGGGAAGAUCAGAAAAUAAAAGAGAAAAUAUUUAAAAUAACAGCAGAAAGUAAAAGACGUGAGUUACUAGCCGAGGAAAAAAGAUUAAAAUCUCUUCACAAAUUGGAAACCAAUGAAUCUAAGGAAAAAGAAGAGGAUUUUGAAAGACAAUGGAAGCAGCUGCAGAUGAGGGAGUCUGACUUCCAAACAGAAUUGUUACAAAUGAAUACGUUGAGAAAACAGGAACUUCAGCUGUCUGACAAAAUUAGAAAACAAUCAAGGCUUAAUAAGAUUAAGGAACUGAAUCAGAUGAGUGCAGAAUUCAAAGCUGAUCAGAUAGCUCAAAUGUUAUUAAGUAAACAAAUUUCUGACCUUGAGUCUGCAUCUGAGAAGAAAGAUGUCAGAAUACACCAGGAACAUUUGAGAAAGUUUUUAGAGAACAGACAAGAAAGAGAACAGUUUGAACAAAGAAAAAAAUUUUUACAACUUCAAGAAAAGCAAAAUAAGGACUUAGUAAGAUCAUCAAUGGAAAUAAGACUAAAUCAGGCAGAAGCAAAUUUAGACCAAAUCUUAAAUGAGAGAAAGAGACUAUUAGAAGAGUAUCAGCUCCAGGAGAAGGCCAAAAUUAAAAGAGCUCAAACUGCUCAUAAAAGAUCUGAAGAAGAAUCCAAGGAAUUGGGAUUGACUUUGCUUGAACAUAAAAAAUUGAUUGAAGCUCGGGCGUUGGAAACAGUCAGUCGAAGCAUUGAGCUUAAAGCUCUGUUAGCUCAGAAACAAAGAAGAGAGAAGGAAAUUGAACAUCAAAAAAAUUUGUCUAGAUUACAAAAAGAAGAAGAAAAAUGGAGGAGAGCUCUGGAGAGAUCUUUGUUGGAGAAAGACAGAAAAAUUGAUGAACUUUUAGAAGAAAAAGAAAAGCUUGUAUCACAGACCCGAGCCAUGGCCCAGUUAAGCCAGACUCUGCGUGAUGACAUUAAAGAGAAAUACCAGUCUGACACCUUUGAUAAGAAAGUUCUGGAAGCACAACUGUAUGCUAAUCUGGAAAGAAAGCAAAUGCUGAGAAGUGCAACGGUGACAAGAAAAUGAGAUUCGAGCUAGAGGUUGUCUUGGUGACUUGAUACCAUGUAGUGACUUAUUGCUUGACAUACAUUCCAGUACAAGCAUUAUUUUACCCAUUACCAUUUCAAGAUGAAGCCCAUUCAGAAACCUACAUUUUUUUUAAGAGAUGAAGUAAAAAAACAAAACAUUCUUCAUUUAAUUUAAUAGACAAAGUAUAAAUAAAGUAGAGUAAACAAGAAAGAAAAUUUAGAUAGUAGAAUUGAAGUUAUCUCCCACAUCUGUAUCCAGCAUAACUUCCAUCAGCUAAAAAAAUCAUAGUGAUCAAUAUGUGAUGUAUUUAUUUCUUGUGUAUAAUCAUUACUUUCUGUUAUUUAAAUAUACUUUUUUUUAAUUUUGUAUACACAUUUAUGUGAUUAUUAGUAAUAAAAUAUUGCCAUAACUUU